UCUUGCGCGUGCAACGCCCCGCCCCCUCGCUCCCUGUCAAUGGCGGAUGAGGUAGCCAUGUUAUUGUAGCUCAACCAGGGACGAAUUACGUCGCCUUUGAGUGAGUUCUGCCCAUCUACCAGUUCGGAGUGCUCGUCCAUUUUUCUCCUCAUCACAACCGUCGUCUUGUGGAGAACACCAUGAGUGGCGGGACGCCGUACCUCGGCAGUAAAAUCAGCCUCAUCUCCAAGGCCGAGAUCCGCUACGAAGGGAUCUUGUACACCAUCGACACCGAGAACUCCACGGUGGCUUUAGCUAAAGUGCGUUCCUUUGGUACCGAGGACCGGCCCACUGACAGGCCCAUCCCACCUCGUGAUGACACCUUUGAGUACAUCAUCUUCCGAGGAAGUGACAUCAAGGACCUGACAGUGUGCGAGCCCCCCAAGCCCACAAGCUCCCUCCCCCAGGACCCGGCCAUUGUCCAGUCUUCUAUAAGCUCCACUUCCUCAUCCACGGCUGCUGCCCUUCCCAAUGCCUUCCCAUCUGCCACUUCCUACGGGCUCUUCAACCGCGCCUCACUUUCUUCCUAUAACCAGUUCAACACCAGCACCCUGGUCUCCCCCCAGUUUGGAGGCGUUGGUGUUGGUAAGUACAAACAUUUGUGGCAGUGGAAACAUGAAGAUCACCUCCACAUCCUGCUCUCCCUUCCAGGACGCAGCAGCCCACCUCCGGAUCCUUUGAAGAAGAGCCCGCCAAGUGUGGAGCAGGUGAUGAAAUCUCAGAGCACCAUCACAGCCACUGUAGCUACUAUCCCAAGCCUGGGUCGCCGGAGCCCAGCCCAGACUCGCACAGCUCCUCCCACUUCAGCUCAAAGCUCAGGAAGGAGUCAACAGCAGGACGCCGUGGACACGAGGAGGGGUGAGAGCCUACUGAGAGCCACUCACACAGGCUUAAGGCCCCACAUGCAUUGUCCUCAGUUUUUUGUUUUUUUUUCCCCACCAGCACACGCUAACCGGCGAGGCAGAGGGGGCGGGCACCGCGGCAGGGGCCGCUUCAACGUGCGCCGUGACGGCACCGUCAAGUUUGAGAAGGACUUUGACUUUGAGAGCGCGAAUGCCCAAUUCAACAAGGAGGAAAUUGAGCGCGAGUUUCACAGCAAGCUGAAGCUGAAAGAUGACAAGUCUGAGCAGGCAGUGAACGGUGAGGAGAAAGCAGACUCUGGCGUUGAGACGCACAAUGACACAAGCAAUGCAGAUGAGGGUGACCCACUUGGGCCGAACUGCUACUACGACAAGUCCAAGUCGUUCUUUGACAACAUCUCGUGUGAUGACAGCAGGAAAGCCAACGACAAGUGUGGAGGUGGCGGGUUCCCAAGAGAGCGCCGGCAGACAUGGGCGGAGGAGAGGCGAAUGAAUGCAGAGACGUUUGGCAUCUCCAUGCGUCACAGUCGGGGUCGUGGAGGCUAUCGUGGUCGCGGCUCCUCAGGCUUUCGUGGAGGUCGCGGUCGUCCAUCUAGCCGUGGCUCCUUCGCUCCACCACAAGGGGGAGGCUUCAGGGCCGGAUACCGUGGAAACCAAGCUGGCCGGGAGUUUGCCGAUUUAUCAGCGUACAGGAAGGACAACAAGGUGACGGCGUAGCGGUGAGGAAGAAAGAUGUCACGUUUUUGUCACCAGCACUGGUUCACUUCCAAUGUGGCAUUUUCUGAGCUCAAACUUUGAUAAGAUUUUCUUAGCUGCCCAGGCUCGUGUUUUAUUUGCGGGACGUGGUAUUUUUUCUACUAGAUGUCACGUAGCCUUGCGCUCAACUGUCCUCAACUCAUCUUCGCCAUUGGCACUUGUCCUCAUCUUCAUCUCAUUACAGCUCCUCACUUGAAUUUGUGCUCUUUUCUGUUCUUAAUCCCAACAUGUUUUGAACCCAUAGUACGAUUUAGAGCGCAGAAAAGGCAAGAUUACACGUGCACUAUUCUAGUGUAACAACAGGGGGCAGCAGUGUUGUCGUUGGAUUGUCUUGUUUCUCAUGGCAUAACCACGCUUCAGUUAGCUUCAACUUGACAUUGACAUUAGCACAACGUUCCAUAGUAAAAUAUGAGUCAAAUAUAGUGUCAAUAAAGAAACAUUAAGUGGCACCAAGUAUCAGAUUGCUAGGAGGCAUUUUGUUCACAUAAAAAUAUACAAAUUCAAGACUAUAGCAACAAAAAAUAUGUUCUAGCAUUUUGUUAUGGUUUGUGUGUAUUGACACAAGAAUGUCAGGUUAAUGUGAUGAGGAGGAAGCGCGAGAGUCCAAACACUGCUGAAUGUUAUUAUGAUUGACGUGUUUUGUUGCCAUGGUAACAGGGUCUUCUUUCGUGACCAAUAAGACGCGGUCUCUAAGAUUUACAUACACAUUUGGGGUGGAAUUCAUUUCAGCUACUUCCAGUGUGAUUGUGGGCAGAUGCGCUUUCACUCUCAUUACCUUCAAGAACAUCGUUAGCAUGAAGAUUAGUUCCUAUUCUCAGUCAUUGACAGUCGUCCAAAAACACAAGCGAACCCCGUUGUGUUUAAUGCAAUAAAGUGAGAACUUUUUCGACCAGCAUGGCGUGCACACGCCUCUUUAGUCACAAUAAAACCAUAACACUAAUCACA